AAUAAAACACGCGCGCCCGCAGCUCACUCCGCUCUCUCAGCUCAUUCCUCCUGUCCCUUCUCCCACCCCUGCUGUAGCUUAGCUUGCUGGCUCUCCCGGCCGGUCUCCCCCGCGCCUCACAUCGAGAUGGCUGCGCUCGCCGUCGCCGCCGGGUCGGCCGUCUCCCCGGCCUACCGGAUCCAGCUGAGCGGCCGGAGGAGCGGCACGGCGUUCUUCGCGACGCAGAGAGCGGUGGCUACCUUCCCGUCGGUCCGGCUGCGCACGGUUGCAAAGAGAUUCCAGAUUGCUUGCUCGGUAUGUGCGAAACAGGGAACUAUUGACAAGGUUUGUGGAAUAGUGAAGAAGCAGCUAGCCGUCGCUGAAGACACGCCUGUAAACGGAGAAACAAAGUUCGCUGACCUUGGGGCUGAUUCGCUUGACACGGUUGAAAUUGUGAUGGGUCUCGAAGAGGCAUUCGGUAUCACGGUGGACGAGUCGAGCGCCCAGGAGAUCAAGACGGUGGAGGAUGCUGCCAUGCUUAUCGAUAAGCUUGUGAUAGACAAGGAAGGUUGAAAUGACGGCACACUUUCGUUUCUCCAAAAUAGUUUUGAGGGGCACAGAGUUUAGCCUAUGUUGUUGUACUCUUUAGCGUGAACCGAUAUGCGCGGUAUGAUUUCUCCAGGCUAAAAUUAGUUAGGCAGGAUCUACGUAUGCAGUAUGCAGAGGUUGUUUGUCUGGAUGCUAUCCUGGAUUGAAUAAUCAAGGGAGGUAGUUCUUCCCUCCGGCAAGAUUGCUACUCUUCUAGCAGUAUUUGUGUCAGACGACAACGUUGAGAUGGAUUGAAUAAUCAAGGGAGGUUAUUCUUCCCUCCAGCAA